GGGCGGGCGCGAUUCCCCCGCGGCCGGGGAGCGAUGGCGGCGGCCGGGCCGGGCCCCGGGGCCGGCGGCGCGGUGAAGACGCUGGCCCUGGUGCUGGAGGACGAGGCCCGGCGCAGCGGAGGCGGCGGCGGCGGCUACUGCAGCGGGGACACGGUGUCCGGGCAGGUGUUGCUGGAGCUGGCGGGGCCGCUGCCGCUCCGCGGGCUGCGCCUGGAGGCCGCGGGCCGGGCGCGCGUCGCUUGGAGCGAGAGCCCCGGCGCGGUGCCCGGAGCGGGCACGUGGGGGGUGGCGGUGCGGACCCCGGGGCCGGGGCCGCGGCGGGAGGCGGAGGUGCGGUACCUGGACAUCCGGCAGAGCCUCCUGCGGGACCCGCCCGAAGGUGAGGAAAACUUAAUUCUUCUAGAUGGAAGACACGAAUUUCCGUUCAGCUUUCAGCUCCCUCAAGAACCUCUGGUGACCUCUUUUACUGGGAAGUAUGGCAGUAUCCAGUACUACGUGAAAGCGGUGCUGGAGAGGCCUGCUGUGCCUGACCAGAGUGUGCAGACAGAGCUGCAGAUCAUCAGCCAUAUCGAUGUCAGCUCACCAGCUCUCCUGACACCUGUUCUAAGAAGUCAGGAGAAGAUGGUUGGCUGUUGGUUUUUCACCUCUGGGCCAGUGUCUCUCAGUGCCAAAAUUGAGAGGAAGGGAUACUGUAAUGCACCACCAAAUUAUGCUGAUGUAGUGUCUGAGGAAGAGUUUUCCAGACAUGUUCCUGCUUAUCCACCUCCCAUGGACUGUGAGGAACAGUUGUGUUGUCCUGUCUUUGCUUACAUACAAGAGUUCCGGUUUCAGCCUCCACCUCUUUAUUCAGAGAUUGAUCCACAUCCAACUGAUGUAGAAGAAGUUCAGCCCGUUUCAUUCAUGCUCUGAGGAUUUGUAAUGAGCAUCAUUGUGAUGAAUGUCUUAAUCUUUCUGCUGCUUAAGCUGGUAGUGCAGCUAAAAAGGAAACAGUUUUCUUUUUCCAAACUUCAGUCUGUGUACGAGAAAGGCAAAGGAAAAUGGAGGAGGUAUGAGCACGUUUGGUGAUAAAAGAGAACCUGCUGGAUUAGUCUGCACAGAGGAUAACAUGGGAGCAGCUGAGCUUGGGAUACUUGAGAAGUACCUGAAAAUACUGAAAGGAAAAUGCAUCAGUGAAAUACUGAAUAUUUUCCAAAAAGUGGAUACACUACACAAAGUACGAGGAGGAGAUGUGUGGAUCUUCUGAAGAGAAAAGCAUUUAUAUUUUGUUUGCAACGCUCGGGAAGAAUGUACAUAGCGACGUCGAGAACUCCGGUAGUAGAACAGAGUGUGGGGUAAGAAAACAUUUCCAAAAGAUUCCAGUGGUCAAGGGGCUUCAGCUUUGCACUGUCUGCAUCCAAAAAAGGAACACUACUGCAACACAGAGCGAAGUCUUAGGUUCACAUUGAUGGGAAGCUGCCCUUCUCACGACUGCCAAGUGGUACUAUUGCCUCAUCAUCGUGAGGACACCGUGGAUGACAGAAUGGCUAUUAUGCAAUAUUGUAAAUGCAACCAUUUCCUGAGUGCAAGACACAAGUGUGGAACAAACAGUGAACUUUGAGAUGAGCUUAUGCACUAUGCUUUCUUUCAAGGGAUUUCUUAAGGGAAUUAUUCUAACCUCUUCUACUGUGAGUUCUUCUUCUGCAUCUUAAGCCUAUGGAUAGCAUGAUAAGGGGAAGCAUGGCAAGGGAGAAACCUUUUGCCAGCAGCAGGUAUACUUAGCAAAAAGGACAAUAUUUAUUUAUUCAAAAGCCUUUAUAAGCCUACCUCUGUUUUGGAUAUUUACUUGCGGUCAGAUUUGAGACCAAAAAAAAGUCUUGUUAAAGCUCCAGUAUACUUCAAGGUUCUAAAAGGGACCCUAAAUGGUUUCUGUGGUUAGUGAAUGAGAUACGACGUGUAGGGAGAGGUGUAAAUAUACCCAGAAUAGACAUAGCUUAUAACUGAAGCGAAAGCAGACAUCAGGGGAACAAAGUCCUCUGGUAAUGGCACAAAGCUUUUCAUUACUCCUGCAUUUUUGUCUAAAGAUCUAUUGUCAGGGGCUGCACUGGUCAUUUGCUAUCCAUACUAUGUUUGUUGGUGUGUUUCAUUGUUUGUUUUUGCUGUUUAAUUUUGUUUUGGUGCAAUAUUUAAAUGUUUUCUUCCUCAGGUCAUUUAGAACAGUGAGAGUUUGUUGCUGCUAAGAGUGAAGGCACAGCAUUUACUUGCCCUUCUGCUGCCUUCAUUUAAAAGUAGAAUGUUUGCUUCCUGCCAGCCAUCAAUUGGGAUCAGUAAACAAUCACCAACAGAUCACUUACAGGACCAGAAAACAGCAUUGUCAACAUGCACGCACGUUUACAGUCCUGUCUUUGAAAUACAGGGGAUUUUGGACUACUAGAAACACUCCAUAUGUCUUACAGAAGGGUUUGGGGUUAAAACCCGGUGCUUCAUGUGGUAAAACGGUGUACUUUCUGGUAAUUACAAAAAUAGCAAUUCAGUUUCCUUCAUUCCAUCAAUAACUGCAGUUUAAACAAAGUCUGAGUGGUUUUUUAUGAAAUCUGUCUUCACUUAAGAAGCAGGGAUUUUUCUACAGGCAUACACGGAUAUAUAUUUUUAGUCUUCUUUUAGUUUAACUUCCUUACAUUGUCUAAUUUCUAGCACUUCACCUCAAAUCCCUUUUGCAUCAGUGUGAAAGACAGACUCGUGGCGAUUCACAUUUCCAAACUGCAGUUACUCCUUUCAUUUGCAACAUUUAGUAUUGUUUUCUAUAGCAAAUGCAGCUUUAACCAAAAUUUGAGUGCAUGAUUUAGAAAGGAAAUUCUAAAAAUGAUUAUUUAAGUCUCAAGGUGUAGCUCUCAUGCCUUUUUAUUUAAGUGAGGGCCUGCCCAUACAAUCAGUGCAGGAUUUUCAUUCAGAUCAUUUGGAAAGGGAACAAGCAUCUUUUCCUUAAACAGAUACCAUUAUAGUUACUUGAAAAGUAAUUUGGUUGUGUCAUAACUUGCAUGGUAAUAAUUCAAAAUAUUAGCUUAAAGAACAUUAGGUGCUUUUUGGACUGUAAUGCCUGAUAGGUGAUGUGUGCUACCUGGUAUAAUCAUGGUCAAGCAAACAGCAGUAUGAAGGGUAAAGGUGUGCUUUUUUUUUUUUUUUCCUAAAAUCUUUGAGUUGUUUUCUAUUCUUUGCAGAUAAACUGUGGCCUUAGAUUGUUUGCUGCAAAAAAAGUCAACUAUUAAGAACUAUUAAGUGUUUCUUAGGAAACACACAUGGCCCUUCAAAGGAAGGGUGAAAACAUGAUUAAGUUCUGCUCUCUGGCACUUGGUUUAGUGCAGAAAUUGAUCCUUAAAAAUAAUUACUGUUUGCACAAUAAUAAGUUCAAUAUGCAGGGGCUUUGUUUUGAUAACUGUGAAACAGUUUAAAAGAGACAAAAUAAAAAAAGCUGUUUAACAUACAGGAACAUGAUUGUAUUUUGUACUAAUGAAUGAGCCCCAUGGGUUCUUUGUUAAUAAAAGUGUCAAAUCUA